GUGAUGGGAAAAUAUGCAAAGUGCUGUCCAGAGAAGGAAAAGAGGGAGACCCUAAGGAAAUUAAACACGUUAUGUACUUGUGCUUAUCAUGACAAGAAACUUUGGGGGGGGUACAUUUCUCUUCAAGGAAGUACCGAGUGUCACAAAGGGAAGGCUGUCACCUGGGAGUGGAAGGGGGCGGCAGUCACACACACAUGGUGAACACCCAGUAGACAGCCAGCUUCAGAACAAAUACAUGCUUAACCUCGGCCUUGGACCAAAUAAAUGAGAGUGAGAAAGACUGAAGGAUUGUGUCUGGUAUUGCGGAAGCCAGUCACAUCAGGCAGAAUGCGGGACAUGCUGGAGAGGCUGCAGACCAUUAGUGAGGAGCAGGAGGACUAUGAUGAGGACUAUGAUGGAGACAAAAUGACUCUGUCUCAACAGGCAGUGGUGUUUGAGAACUCCUCAGCUAUUGACAAGAUCCUGAAGGAGGCCCACUCUCUACGCAAGGAGAUCUCCUUGCUCCGCUUAGAAGUUGAGCGUCUGAGCACACACAAUGAACGCUUUGGGACUUCUGUGCGACGCCUCACCCUACUCAAAAAGGACUCGGACUCCAUCGCCAGGGCGAUCCAGCAACGUGGGGAGGCUGUGUACAUCCGCCUGCAGGCUCUAGGUAAGGAGAGCAGCCAGCUGGAGGAGAAAGAAGGUCGCAAUUCAGCUGUUGGCCGCAUAGCCCGUGUUCAGUAUGACACACUGACCCAAGCCUUCCACACUGCCAUGAGUGACUACAAUAAGGCCGAAGAGAAGCAGAGGAGCACAUGUCGGGGGAGGAUCCAGAGGCAGGCCUCCAUUAUGGGGUCUGACAUCAAUGAUGAGCAGCUGGACGUGCUGGUGGACAAAGGGGGUGAAGGAUGGACUGAGCUGUCCCAGAGUCUGCAGGCACAAGGUACACGCUCACACCGGUGGGCAAUGUGUGAGAUGAAAGGCAGACACAAGGAACUAGUGGAGCUGGAGGCCAGGAUGAAGGACGUUCAUGAACUGUUCUUGAACAUGGCCAUGCUGGUGGAGGAGCAGGGAUCCAUGAUCAAUAAUAUCGAGUCCAAUGUGUGUAGAACUCAGGAACAUGUUGAAAAAAUCAACGUUCACAUCAAGAGGGCCAUUCGGUACAAGAGGAAAAAUCCAUUUACUCAAUGUUGUCCCUGUCUACCCUGUUGGAGACACAACCAAACAUUUUAGAAAUGAUUUUGACGUUAUGCAAUUUUGUGGAUGAUUGAAAACUGACAUAAAUAUUUAGCUGUGUAAAAGGCUAUGGCCAGCUGAGAAGAAAUGUUAUACAAUAUGCUUUAUUUAUAGUAAAUCCAACCUUUACAAGGACACUCAGUUUUCCCCUGUUGCCCUGAAGUGAAGCAAACUGUAUUUCUUUACCUGAUGUAAGAGGUUUUCAACUGUUCAGAUUGUCUGAAGUUUGAUUAAGAGUAAAAUAACUCCUCAGAGAAUGAA